CGCUGUUUUAUGUGUUUAUGAAAUAUUUUGAGAAAAUAUUGAUUUAUUUUGAUUUUGAUUCUCACUUUUAAUCAAUUGUGACCGUCAAUUGCGCUAUUUGGUUACGUUGAUACCUUAUUAAAAUUAACCAAAACUUUAUUGGUUUAAUUAUUUAUUUUGAAAGUACGACCACUUUUGGGUUAUUUUUAUUUGUCAGUAAUCUUUUUUAUUAAAUGUCUACAUUGUUUCCUUCUUGGCCAGUAAAACAAAGAGUUGAACCGUUAUUUAUACAUGUAAUCAAUGGAAUGCUCAAUUUGUCUUGAAACCUGUAUUCAGCCUGUCCAGCUUCCCUGUAGCCACAUAUUUUGUUUCCUAUGUGUUAAAGGUGUCGCUGAUCGUUAUCAAAACUGUGCUAUCUGCCGUCAACCGAUCCCUGAAGAUUACUUUGAUCAUCCGAUUCUUGUUCCUUGUGAUCAAACACUUGAUUCACCUGAAUUUGAUGGAGGCUACCAGUGGUUUUAUGAAGGUAAAAAUGGCUGGUGGCUUUAUGAUCCUCGAACGAGCGCUGAUCUUGAAGAAGCAUACAAAUUAGGACAACCAACAUGUCAGUUACUGAUUGCUGGUCAUUUAUAUUACAUUGAUUUUAAUCGAAUGAUCCAAUAUCGAUCUGCUGAACCACGGAAACGUCGUAAAAUAAAACGAGAUGCUAGAAGAUCCACCGUUACCAAAGGAAUUGCUGGACUCAAAUCUUUUGAAUCACUGAGUGUAAGCUACAUCGAUAAACCAAGUGCUCCGCCAAUGUCUCCGCCAUUGCCAUCAUCGCUACCACCGGUUCCUUCUUCAUUUCUUUCUCCUCCUCCUCCUCCACCACCACCGUCUCCAGCUUUACCGAUUGCAACCUUUUCAUCUUCGAUAUCAUCCACUUCACCAUCAAAUGGACCUAAACAUCAUCGUAAAUUGUUCAACUAUUCAUCUGCCUCCCCACAAUCAUCUUCAUCCAGGUUAUCUUCAUCUUCUCACCGACCACCAUCGCCUCCAUCUCUUGUCGAGUUAAUGAGUAGACUUUCGUUCAAACUUGGAAAUGACGCUAAUCUUCUACGGCUCCUGUUAAAAUUGGUUAAAGAAUAUACCUUUUGGAACACUGUUUUUGUCCGUCACCCUGAAAUCAUGUCCUCUGCACAAGCUUUCUGUCUCCGACGUAAUAACCAUAGUUCAGACAUGUCUGAACAUUUUGAGAGAAUGUUUAAAGAGGAAUCUCUAGUCGAUGUCACUCUCUCCUGCAAGGAUGGUAGUAUUCGUGCUCAUAAAAUGGUCUUGAGUGCUUGUUCUUCCUAUUUCAAGAACAUUUUCAGCAAAUUUAUCAACCCAUAUCAAUAUCCUGUUGUCAUUAUGAAGGACGUACCUUUCGCAGAUCUCAGGGCUAUAGUUGAGUUCAUCUAUAGGGGUGAAGUUUUUGUACCUCAAGAACAGUUGGCGUCAGUGCUGAAGUCUGCUGAAUCUCUAAAAGUUAAAGGUUUAUCCGAUGUCAAUGUAAACAAGAGCCAAUUGAUCCCUCGACAGCAGCAGCACAUUUCUGGUGAGCACAGCGCUGGUCAACUUGGUGCUAACGUCCCUCUUCAACAUAUUUCUUCUGGUGUUCAUGGACAAGCCGAAUUUGCAGCCACCCAGCCUCAUAACUUCUUAUUGACUAAACAAGAGUUGAACCGAUUUGAUGGAGGCUACCAGUGGUUUUAUGAAGGUAAAAAUGGCUGGUGGCUUUAUGAUCCUCGAACGAGCGCUGAUCUUGAAGAAGCAUACAAAUUAGGACAACCAACAUGUCAGUUACUGAUUGCUGGUCAUUUAUAUUACAUUGAUUUUAAUCGAAUGAUCCAAUAUCGAUCUGCUGAACCACGGAAACGUCGUAAAAUAAAACGAGAUGCUAGAAGAUCCACCGUUACCAAAGGAAUUGCUGGACUCAAAUCUUUUGAAUCACUUAGUGUAAGCUACAUCGAUAAACCAAGUGCUCCGCCAAUGUCUCCGCCAUUGCCAUCAUCGCUACCACCGGUUCCUUCUUCAUUUCUUUCUCCUCCUCCUCCUCCACCACCACCGUCACCAGCUUUACCGAUUGCAACCUUUUCAUCUUCGAUAUCAUCCACUUCACCAUCAAAUGGACCUAAACAUCAUCGUAAAUUGUUCAACUAUUCAUCUGCCUCCCAACAAUCAUCUUCAUCCAGGUUAUCUUCAUCUUCUCACCGACCACCAUCGCCUUCAUCUCUUGUCGAGUUAAUGAGUAGACUGUCGUUCAAACUUGGAAAUGACGCUAAUCUUCUACGGUGAUGGCCAUCAAAAACUGUCUCUUUGAAUAACUUUGUUUCAUUAGAUUUUCAUUGUAAGCCGGUAACCGGUUGUCAACAGAUAUUUUCAUUUUUAACUUUCAUAAUCUAUUACAUGUACCUUACAUUUUGUUUAUAAACUAUUCGUGAAC